GUUGUGGAUCAGGAGCAGAUGGAAAACUGCAGUUUGAAAAAAGCUUGUUGGUGUUACAUAGAAUCUACAACCUCCAGCUGCGUGCUACGCUCCAUUCUGAUGCAUCCACUUGUAGAAAAAACGGAUCCAUGAACGUCUUGUCUGAGCUGAUAUGUUGUUCAAAACUAUUCUGCUGGAUGGCUCUAAUAUUGCUCACUAUUUUUGUUGCACUGGUAAUGUGAGGUUGGGGUGUGAGGGGCUGUAAGCUAGCAGGAGAGAGUGUAAGCAAUGGGAUGAUGGAAAAUGGGGAUAGACUUUUGACACAGAGGGGAAUUUCUAGUAAUCUACAGCUGCUCUGCACAAGCUAUGUCCUAGAAAACGACUCAUAUUUUUAUUUUGGCUAAAAAAAACGGCAUAAUCAUAAUUUAAAAAACACUUUGAAAAUAGCUCAAAAGAUGAUUGGAGUGGGACUUUAGUGUGGUGAACAUGAUCCUGUACUUUUGGUUCUCUUUUCUACUCACCUGGCUCUCUUUGUCUUAGAUCCCACAUUUUCUAUCAGCAUCUGUACAUUAUUUUACUCUCGUACCUCAGGCACAAAGAUUUGCCUCUUCAAAAAAAAAACUCCCACUCCCAUCUGUUCCUAUUUUAUUACAUUUUUUUUUAACACAAUCAUCCACCUUUUCAUUUCUUUUCUCUACUCCCGCCCUGUCCUCCCCCCCAUCUACCGGUCCCUCGUCUCUCUUUGUGAGGAAUAGCUCAGAGGAGGAGGGCGGGCGGGGGGGACGACAGCCGCCUCAGCUGAGCGAAUCGUGCUCGCUUGCACGUGCCGAAUGUCAGGCUAUAUGACUCAGACUGGAUACUCUACACUCCGCGAGCAAACGCUCCCUGAACUCCACUCCCCCCUGCCCGGGAAAAAAAAUAAAUAAAAAAAUAAAAACAGUAAAGGCAACAGAGGAGCAGCAAACAUUUAUCUGCUGUGGUGAAAAGCAGGGACUGUUGCACUCAAAGAUGACCUAUUUGUCUCGCCGGCUCGCUCACACUGAAAGACUUUGUGCCGCUUUUUUAAAAGCUGGUGUGGCCUGCAGCCUCUGUGUCCCCCCGCCCACAAAUAAACCCACUGACCCUCUCUGAACAAUCCAUUAGUGUGCGCUGUUCUGCGGCUAAAAGAAAAUCUUUCAAGCUCGCUCCUGCGUUUGUUGACAGACUGUGCCUCUGCGUGCACCUGGGAAGCAGAGAAGAAGUUUGAGAUUUAGAACAUAAAUAAAUAAAAAGAAAGAGCCGGGGGAUGGAAAAGAGGAGGGAAAGGGUCAGAUCAGAUGACCUUGAUGAUGUCAGCCUGCAGAACAGUGUCAUCUUGGUCAAUACAAAGGUAGAGGGAGGUGUCAGCUGACAGGAAAAAGACCCUCUCUCAAGCAAUGUCCAUUAGUCUGUUUCAGAAAAUCACCACUCCAAUCAUCUUUUGAUUUAUUUUAAAAGUGUUCCCAGUUUGUUAUUUUUAGCCAAAAUCAGAAAACCUGCGUUGUCUUCUAGGAUGUAGUUCCCGCAGAGCACAAAUGCACCUUUGAGUUGUGGGAGGAACUGUUGGUGAGUAAGCCCGCCCACAUUUCCCAUCAUCCCUCUGUUUACACACUCUCCUGCUAGCUUAUGGCGCCUUACAACAUAACUUUACCAGUGCAAAAAAAAAAAAAAUUUUUUUUUGAUAAAGUGUGUCUUGAUCUCUAAAAAAAAGAAAAAUACCUUCCUGGGUUCUCAUUUUGACCACUUUUUGUUUGUUUCGUACACCCAGACCUCCCACCAGCGAUGUGCCGGUAAAGUUCAAAGGCAUGUUUCGGUUUGUGAGAGUUUUGAUGUCGGGACGUUAUUGUGAAAAAAACAAAAAAGAAAAGGAUGACUCAGGCUUAGUCAUAUGUGAGCAACUCCAACACACACUGCUGAAGAUGGAGUUUUGUUGUAAGUCAUCCCUCCUACAACGAGACCUUUUCAUCCAUACUGCUGAGAAACGGCGAGGCAGAGAAGUGAGAGAGAUGGAGACGAGUGGAAGAGACACGGAGGAAGGAGGGCGUGAAAAACGACUCGGUUUAGGCAAUUGUUUGACGACUUUGUUAAAUGAUCGAUGAAAAGAUCAGCCGUCUCUGCUCUCCGGCCACCUGUCAACUUCCUCUUGAUGCCGGGUUACAGCAGGUUUACAACUGUUUAUAAAGUCACUUCAGUGGAUGGCCCCAGAAGUGGAGGCCAGAUGGAAAUUGGGUCACAUGACCGCCUCCAGGAAGGCGUGCUGAGCCUGGAAUUGACCAAUGGGGUAAACCCUUACCAUAAAGACGAUGAGGCCUCUUUGGCAACAGAACAGCAUAGAGCAGGAAGGGUGCCCCCGAGGCUGCGAUGGGUGCCAGGACAUGGCAAGGUCAGUGACACCCAAGAGCAGCAACCGUGUUGGAGCAACAGUGGCGACACGACCCCUGCUGAGCCUAAUCACCACGCCGACAUCGAGGAUGCUCAAAAUCUGGUGGCUUUUUCUGCAAUUGCUGGCUCCUUGCCUCCUUGUUCCUCCUCUUCAUGCCCCCCUGUGGAGCCAAAAACAGCCCAGCUAUAUGAGAAGUUCACCAGGGAGAUGGGUGCUGGUGGGGCUCAUUCCACACUUUCUGGAGGGACUCCUGAGGGUAGUUGCCUUGCCCCGGAGGACCUUGCAACUCUACAGACAGCGCUGAGCCAAGCCAAACAUGGACACAAGCCCCCUAACUGCGACUGUGAAGGGCCUGACUGUCCAGACUAUCUUGAAUGGUUGGAGAAGAAGAUUAAACUAGCAGCUGGAGAGAAUCAAGGGUUUCACAAAAGAGUGGAUGGUGCCCCACACCCACAGCAAACCCAUUUGCAGCCCAACCAACAGGUCAAUGGUGACCAUCUAACGCCUACUUUGUGCUCCCAGCAGCAAGGGGUAACUCAAGGUCCUCACUCAGAUCAAGUGCCCUGCUCCAAACCCCCCAUUCCUUGUUCUCCCCAGGUGCUCUCCAUAGCAAAGGAAAAGAACAUCAGUCUUCAGACAGCCAUUGCUAUAGAUGCCCUGACCCAGUUGUCUGGCACCAGCCCUCACACUCUCAAUUAUUCGGGUCAGAAUCAACUAAAAAAUAGCUUUCAUAAUCACCAACAAAGUCAGAACAUCCCGCUUGAUAUGAUCCUGUCCUCUCCUGACUGUGACUCCUCUUCCCGCUCUCAGUCUGUUCCUCCAGGACUUCAAACCAAACAACAGGCCUCACCCACAUGCGAACAAUACAGACCCCAGUCCCAGGGCCAUCCACCGCAUGCUGCAACUCUCCCCUCUGCUACCUCUCCUUUCCCUGGUCAGGGAAAAACCCCAGGCCUCAAUGCUAUUGCCCAGCAGUGGCAGCAGAGCAUAGGCAGAGGUCCAGAACAGAGAAACCCUUGGAUGUUUAUGAAGUCUGAGCCCCAAUCUCACCUUGCGGCUGCACCUCACAACAGGUCUGACCCCAUGUCAGAGCUUAAACAGCUUCUGCAUGACACCAGUGGCAAGCUAAACAAUGGUUCUUUCAAGCUCCCCACUGCACCACAGAUUGGUUUCAAUCAGAAUGGGGGUAUUCAGGGUCAGAGCAGCCCAGUACUGGCUAGGAUAAAACAAGAACCAGACUCUAAUGAGAAUUAUCAUCAUGCUGCAUCUAUGGGACAAUAUGGAAUUUCUAAUGGUCAGCAACAAGGCCAGCACUUCCCUGGGAUCCCCAUGUCUCCUGGUCAAACAGCCAUCAGUCAUUCCACUCAGGCAGCUUUACAACAGCACCUUCACUACAAGAGAAAUCUUUUCCCCAACCACCUCUCUGGCUUUGGAGCUGGUCAAAACUUGAAAAAAUGGUGGCCACAGGCAGAAGGAGAAGGUAUACCUCACCUGCCAAUCAAACAAGAACCUAAGGAACCCAAGAAGAAAAAGAGCAGCCAAGGAUCUCCUCUCUUUAAAGCUAUGACUGGGAUGCUUGUAGGUCCUCCUCUCCCCAAACCCAAACAGAUUGUCAUAAAAAAGACAAAACAAAAAGCCUCCUUGCCAACCUUCCUGCCUCAGAAUCAAAUCUCCGUACAAAAGCCCCCACUUCACAUAAUGGACAGAGCCCCACUUGUGGCAAACCUUCAAGCAUGCUCUGUCCCGUCCAUGCCCUUCCAGAAUCUUUCCUCUCAGGCUGCUGCUGCAGGCCUCCCUGCCCCAGGCCAAUCUCAGGUAUCCAUUUCCAACACCCCAAUGACGCCAUCUUCCACUGUUUCUGUUUUGACAGAAAGCACUCCAGCUCUUGUGGGCCCUCAAUCUCCAACUGUGGCUUCUGCAGUACAUGUCAGUUCAGCAGAAGUGGGUAGCCAUGCCCUCAGCAAAACCAGCACCACUACACCUGUGACCUCCACAUCUUCAUCCAGCACUUCACAAUUACAGAAACUCAUCAACAUUGACCCGAAGUAUGAAGAACUGAUUCGCCAGUUUGAGGCGGAAUUUGGAGACUCAGACCCAGACACAUCUGCUAGCCAACCUAAGGAGAAUGCAGCAGCCCCUGAAACAGGGAAUCAAACCCUGACUAGUUCUCAGGACCCUAGUCGUACAUUGUCCAACACUCCCCGGUCAGUUCCCAACUCUCGCACCAACUCCAUUCUGGAUUCUGAUGAUCAGACAAUGGAAGUCCACCCUAGUAAGUCAGGGACCCAAAGUGAAGCAACUGUUAGCCAUGCUUCUACAGAGAGCCUCAUGGGAAAGCAGAAUCAGGGACUUGUUGAAGACUCACGGAACAAAGAAACAGUUUUAGACAAGCACCAGUCCAGAGAGUUAGAGGAAACAUUCAGCAUGCCAUGCUCUCCACUGCCUAAACGCAUCAAGUUUGAAACUUCAGGGGAUGUGGCGGUGCUGUCCACCACAUGCUAUCCCGAGGAGAGCACACCAACUAAAGAUGGCCUGCCAUGUUCUCCAUCUCUAAAAGGCUUCCUAGAGUCCCCCUUACGCUACCUGGACACCCCCACCAAAAGCUUGCUGGAUACUCCUUCUAAGGACCCACAGUUGGAUUUCCCUACCUGUACCUGUGUGGAACAAAUCCUGGAGAAAGAUGAAGGGCCCUACUACAAUCAUCUGGGAUCUGGGCCCACUGUGGCCUCCAUACGAACCCUGAUGGAGACAAGGUUUGGAGAAAAGGGGGAUGCCAUCCGGAUUGAGAAGGUGGUGUACACAGGCAAGGAAGGGAAGAGCUCCCAUGGUUGCCCGAUUGCUAAGUGGGUGAUCCGUCGUGGCAGCGAGAAAGAGAAGGUCCUCUGUUUGGUGCGUCAUCGUGCUGGCCACCACUGUGAAAACGCAUUCAUCAUCAUCCUCAUUCUGGCGUGGGAAGGCGUCCCGAAAGGCCUGGCGGACAAGUUGUACCGUGAGGUCACCGACACACUCACGAAAUAUGGCAACCCCACCAGCCGACGCUGCGGCCUCAAUGAUGAUCGGACCUGUGCCUGCCAAGGCAAGGACCCUGAAAAAUGUGGUGCUUCCUUCUCAUUUGGCUGCUCCUGGAGUAUGUACUUUAACGGCUGCAAGUAUGCCCGAAGCAAAACGCCACGCAAGUUUAGGCUGCAAGGAGAUCACCCUGAAGAGGAGGAGAAACUCAGGGAUAACUUCCAAAAUCUGGCUACAGAGGUGGCUCCUUUGUACAAGCGGUUGGCACCACAGGCCUACAGUAACCAGUGCCUGUCAGAGCACAAAGCUUCAGACUGCAGGUUGGGUUUGAAGGAAGGCCGUCCAUUCUCUGGAAUUACAGCUUGUAUGGACUUCUGUGCCCAUGCUCACAAGGACCAGCAUAAUCUCCAUAAUGGUUGCACAGUGGUGUGUACUUUAACCAAGGAAGACAACCGUAAAGUAGGAGGGAUUCCUGAAGACGAGCAGCUCCAUGUGUUGCCUCUUUACACAGUAUCGCAGACAGAUGAGUUUGGGAGUGCAGAGGCCCAGCGCAUCAAAAUGCAGACAGGGGCUAUUCAGGCGCUCCAUGCUUUCCGACGUGAGGUACGAAAGCUGCCUGAACCUGCCAAAUCUUGCCGACAACGUCGUUUGGAGGCGAAGAAGGCUGCUUCGGAGAAGAAGAAAAACAAACUCAUUCAACAAGGAGGGGAGACCCCAGAGAAAGCAGUGUUCAAGACUGAGGUCUGCGUCCCCAGCUCCCCACAACCCCUUGGCAGUAAAGUAAUCAAACAAGAGGUAAAACCCAACAUCAAGAUGGAGCCGGUUAAUGGAUCAAUAGAUGGAUACCCUGUGCAGGCAGCAGACUUGUUCAAUAACAUCUAUCAACACCCUGCUUACUAUGCAAGAGGAGCCCUCUCUCCAGCAAGCCAGCCCUCUGCAGCUGACUCAUUAAACGGCUUCCCCCCCAACAGGCCAAUGGUUCCCUAUAAUUACUACAACUACGCACCCAAUGGGCUUUUUCCACGCAAGCUUAGGACCUAUGAGGGUCGAAAUGGUCCCUUGCCCAAAACGGGAGGUAAGCCUGUCCAGGUUGACAAAAAGCCUGAUGUUCAGAGCCUUCAGGUCAGAAUGGCUCAGUCCCCCAGCCACCCUGAGCAGCCGAACCAACUGAACCACACUGUUUACCCACAGCCUGCAGACUACAACCAAUCCCGUCCGUCCUCCAACUCAUCUGAGCCCUCUAUUAGAGGUUCUCCUCUCAUCAAGCAGGAACCAAUGGAUGUUCCUGUCUACGAAGGUGCGUUGCCAAACCAGGCUGGUGCCAACACAUCAAGAACCACACCUCAGCCUGCAGCCUGGCCAGGGUACAAGCCUAAUGGGAACAUUAUUCCUACCACUUGGGAUGACCAUCUAAAGCGGAAACAAAGUCCUGAAGCUUCUUCUGUGAACUUGGACAAGCAGCAGUUUCACCAGCAUUCCCAGCAGCGGCAGUCCUCUCCGUUCCCGCAACAGUGGACAUCCUUCCCAGGCUCAAACCUCCCGAUAGCCUCUCCCAGUCCAUCACUCCAAGUCACUCCCUCUCCGCCUCCAUCCCCUCAUCUUGGCACAGUGAUUCAGGCUAGUUUACACCAAGGCUCUGGACGCCAUGUCAGCCCUCACCCAGGCACUCCACCACAGCCUGGAACUUCUCAUUCACGCUCACUUACUCCGCAGCCAGGCUUACCAGGCUUGCCAAGACACUUGCCCAGCCCUGCUUCUAGUCCCCAGCCGAAUGCUUGGGGCAUGGGACCUGCUCCAUACAGCCCUGGUUUGAAGCACAGUAAUCCAGCAGGAGCCUACCCUGACAAGAUGUGGUCCAAGACAGGGGAGAAUCGGUGCUCCACUCCCCUUGGACUCCAAGAAAAGGCUUGGAAAUCUUGUGGAGGUUCAAUGGCAGGCAGCACUCCUUCCCCUGCUCCUGAAGGCCGCCUCUUUCCCGAUGCUCUGCAACAGUCGGGUCAGGCCUACUGUGACCCUGGUCGAGUUGAGAGUGACACAGAGAGCAUCAAAAAUCGGGAAGACGACGAGGAAGAAGAGUGGUCUGACAGUGAACACAACUUCCUGGAUCCCACCAUCGGUGGUGUAGGAGUAGCACCAGCCCACGGUUCGGUCCUCAUUGAGUGUGCCCGUCGAGAACUGCAUGCUACCACUCCGAUUAAGAAGCCUGAUCGUUCCCACCCAACCCGCAUCUCCUUGGUCUUCUACCAGCACAAGAACCUCAACCAGCCCAUGCAUGGCUUGGCUCUGUGGGAGGCCAAAAUGAAGCUGCUGGCAGAACGAGCUCUGCAGAGGCAACAGGAAGCAGCUCUCCUUGGCCUCCCCCAGGAAGACAUUAAGACACUUGGCAAGAAACGCAAGUGGGGUGCUAUGGCACCAGGUGCCAGCCCAGGUCCUGGGCAAUCUAAAGACAAGAAAGAGGGACCAGUGACACGGUUAGCCCCCACAUUCUGCUCCACCUCGGUGGUUACUGUGUCUCCCUUUGCCUUCACUCAACUCACUGGGCCCUACAGCCACUUUGUCUGAGACCACACAGACGGGCUCAAAGCUACGCAGUGGUGCUGUGGAGGGCUGGAGAGAGCGACGAGCAGGAUUAAAGGUCUCUCAGCCAUCUUGCAGUCAGCCGUCUCUCCAUCCUGCCCCCUCCACAGGUGAUUUGGAGGAGGUUCUGUUUUUAUUAUUUUUUUACCUCAUGUCAGGCAGUAGUUUGGGCUUCAGACGCACUGCCUGUGGUGCUCUUCCUCUCUCAUUGCCAGAGAGGAACUCCAUUGCUUUUUUUCCCUUUUUCAUAGAAUUUUACUGAUUCUAAUUAUUGCUAUUGUUAUCAAUAUUAUUAUGAUUGCUAUUGUUACUGUUGUUAUUAUAGGUAUUAUUAUAAUGAAGACUUGUUUUUAUUAUUGUUGUUUUCAUUAAUGUUAUUAAUGAUAAGGUGAUUGCUUUUGUUUUUAUAUUUUUUUAAAUCAAUCAGUCUGAGUCGCUCAGAUCGUUGCUUUUCAAUGUUCGGAAACUUGUUCCCUCUUUGUUUUUUGUUUUUUUAAUCAAUGCUAAAACUCUACUUAGAGGAGGAGCCAUUAUCUGCCCAGUUGGACAGCACUUUAUGAUGAUGAAAAUUAUUCUUCAUUGAAAGAUGCAUCUGAUCAGGCUAAAACAAACGAUGAUCAUAAAGGUUUUACAUUUCUCAUAAUCAUGUUGAUUAUAUUCAGUGGAACAGCUAAAGCUAACCAAGCGAAUUAGGUUCAAGUACUUGAUGGAAUUUUCUCCAUGCUGCUUGUCUUCAGAUUAGAUCAUGUGCUCCUCCUGAUUACCUUCACCAACCCCCCCACAGCUUUCGACUGGUGCUCAGCUUCUGGCUCUGAUCGUUUUUCAUUCCGCUGCACUUCACGGCACUUGGUGCUCUAUUUAGGUGCUCUUACUCAAGUUCGGCUCCAGCAAUGUUUGUGAGGAAAUGCCUCUUUUUGGGUUCAGCUGGAGCGCCGGAAGGACAGUGUUCUGAGGACGUCAGUCGGUAAUGACUCCACAGGGGCUCAGAUUAGGAAUAGUACUUGCAUAUGCCAUUUAACCCAGCUCUAAUGGAGCUGGUGGCACUCUUUAUCUUCCUACAAUUUUAGAAUUUUUAAAACAGGAGCGAGCAUUUCCCAGUGCAAACUCUAGAGGGCAGCAAUGACCGCUUUUUAAGAUUGGUGCAAUUCAUGAAAGAAAAAAAAAAAAAACAAAAAAAAACUGGUGUAGUUUUGGAGCUUUAACCACCAGAGGGGGCUCUCAGCCUCCGUUUGCAGACCAAGGACAGGACUUGGAUGAAGCCAAUCUGGAGAUGCAUCUGGGAAGGCUCUCUCUGUUGUUGGCAGAAGGAACAGUGCUGAGACUGUGGUGCUCUUGGUGCUCCUCCACACACUCUGGUGCUGUCCUACUACACUUGAUUGACUGCAAAGGGCCCCCUUCCUUCCUCUGCAUGGUGCUGUCAUCUCAGAGCAGAGCCAGGCACGUCCUCCUGCAGGGGCUCGCAAAGCCGCCACUGGGCAUAAUAACUGCUUCCUGCUAAAGUUUUGCGGUGGCAUAAACAAAGUCCACUGUCCAGCGCAGAGAAAGCACAGCUGUUCAUCACACCUCGUUUGCGUUUCACAGAGAAAGCAAUCCUGAGAGUUAAAGGCAAAACAUCAACUGUAGCUCGAGCGAAUGGGCGUCGAUGAGUCUGAUUAUUGAUCAUCUCUUUCGAGUGCCGCAGUGUGAUACAGUCGUAUGAUCACAAGAGAUAGGAUUCAAAGGCAGAGGCUGGUUUAUGGCACCACUUGAGAGUCUCUGCUUUCUCUGCUCAUCUGCAAACAUGAGGCAUGGAUUAGAAGUCCUUCUGUGAAAGCCUCUGUUACCUCCGGCUCUCUACCUCACGCUGUAGAGACACUGGUCACAAACACAAUAUGCUACUGAGGGCAGAAAAUCAUGCAUGUCCCUUUGUGUGCCCGAGAACUCCAGACUCAUUUGAACCUGUUUCUUCUGUUUUUUUUUUGUUUUGUUUUGUUUUUUCCUAUUUAUUACUACAUGGUUAUGAUAAUAAUGAUUGUCUUUGAUGUUUUCUUUUUCACCUUUUUUAUAUAGCUAAUACAAAUUGUACAUAGAGAAGAAAAGAUUUAUAAAAGCACUUUUAAUCUUGAUUUUAAUGACAAAAACGAAAGAGCCGAUUAUUGACAACUUGAAGCUUAGUUUUUUGUUUUUUUCAUUUUUUUUUCUCAAGAGAGAGAUAAAAAAUGUAAAUAUUAAACUAUUUAGGUAAAAUUAUUUAACUGGUGAGAAUAGUGUCUACACAUUGAAAUGACAAGGGGAUUUCUUUUCUUUUUUUUUUUUGAAGUCUCACCCAAACCAACACUUGAUGUGGAAACAUGCCCAACAAACACUGAUGUUCUGCUUUCUUCUUAGUACUGUACUCCCUUUGUUGGCCUUUGACAAACAGUGCCGUGUCACCUUUAACACGAAAACCCGACUUCCUCUGGUGCACCAUUAAGCAUAUUAAUUACUGUUAGAGACUGGAGUUUUUUGACCCCACCUCCAAAGUUUGAAAAAAAAAGACUUUUGCAUUUAGUUUGUUUUUUUUUUUUUUUUUAAGUUUUACAUUAUGGAGGUAGACUAGUAGAAAUUGUAAGAAGUCACUACUUUUUUCAAGCAGCUCAAACUUAGGGUUCUCCCUACGUCCAUCCUGCUGACUGCAUGUUUGGUUUGGACGUGUGCCAUUAUUUCAGUCGCUUGACGUCCUGCAAUCUUAUCCAAUUGUGUUAGACUAUCAGGUAAUAUCGCUUUUAUGCUCGUUUAGAUGCGUAUCAUUAUAAUCUACACUUAAUUGAAAUGACGAUGCCCCCUCCCUGCAGAAGACGCCACAUUUUACCGUGUGAUGUUUUUAUACCCUAAUGUCUGAUUGACUGUUUUACUGCUGAGAACAAUGCACUGCUUUCCUUGGACAGGCGGUCUGAGGAGACAAAAAAAGUGGCGAGGAUGCAGUGCACACCAUAAUAACUCUGUAAAUCUGGAAAAUGUCUCGCAUGUUUGACGGACGGUUCUCAGGAGAGGCGCCAUCCCCCCUCCCUCCCGGAGUGCAGAGCGCCAAGGGAGAGAGGCGACAGAUCAGACAGACGGUGCUAUGAUGCUACAACUUAAACUCACUGUGUAAAAAAAAAUGUGAGGGAUUAAUGAGGACCGUUAAACUUUUUUUGUUACUUUUCGUGCUCAAGAAAUGUUCGACUCAAGCGGUUUUCAAAAAGACGGAAGCUGCUCCGGUGCUGAUUUUAUGAAAAAAAACAACGCUACACAUUGACAUCCCCGUUUGAAGGGUGAGAGCCCCCUUCCAACAGCAUUCUCAUCCUAAUCAUGAGUCCAUAUUGUGAUUGGAGGUCGGUACAACCAGGAUGAACGGAGAGAAUUAAAAAUGACAUCAAGACUGCUUGACGUUUGGUACAGCAGUUGUACCAGAGGCUGUUGUGUUUCGAGUGUCUUGUUCCUGUUCUCAAAACACCGAGAUGUUUGACUCGCAUUUGUGUACUGCCUUUGACUCCCCACUCUAGUCACACACUUCAUUUCCUCACUCCUCCUCUGUGUCUUGAACUGUAUAUUUGGUCGCUCUUGUUUCGAAAAACCCAUUCUGUGUGACCCACUGUUGAAAACCUGGAAGAGAAACUAGGCCCAAACCAGAAGAAGAAAAUGAACUUACAUACGUGGCAGCUACAUUCCUUUUUCAGUUGUAGGAUUGUUCUUGGGUUAUUUUUUUAUUUUCUUGUCAAGGAUGCAGUAUGUAAAAAAAAAAAAAAAAGUGUUUUUGUUUGUUCUCUCUUCGUAGCUGUAUGGUGUAUUAUGUGAAUACAUAGUGUAUGUGGUAAAAAGCCCACAAUAUUGUUUUAUGUUGCGCGAUAAAUAAAAAAUAUUAAAGUUAAA